AUGGAGGACAAUCUCGAUUGCACCUUGCUGCUACCCUCGCAUACGGGCCCCAAUGUCUUCCCAAACAGCCCUUUCUUUGGCAAGCUCCUGCGGCAUGCACGACGCGGUCGAGUCGCCGUGGUAGCCGUCAAGACUCCAUCCGAUCUUGCAGAGGACGGCGUUGGACACCAGUGGUUGACGAUCGAGCGCCUUCGAGCAGACCUCCGCGUCGAACUGACGCCGUACAAGCUCCCGACUCUGCUCCGGGUCGUGCAGGGCGAGCUCCCCGAGGGCGGCAGGGGCAAAGUGCAGAAGAAGAUCCUGGGUCCCCAGAUGUUCCCGCCGGGCUGGAGGACGGACGCGGAUGUGCGGUUCUGGGAUCCUCAGCGAAACAAGGGGCCUAGGCCGUCAAUAGAUCUUACAUGCCUGGCGGAUCUUGGUUCCAUCUUAUCCGAGUCUUUUAUCAUGAUAUCCUUCACCACCGUCGUCGCCAUCUGGCUUGCUCGGCGCCAACGGUCUUAG